GAAUGCUUUGCACAUCAAGCUAUACCCGGCAUGUCUAUGAUCACAGCGACAACCUGGGUGCCGCGCGGCUUUGCGGCGCCCUUUCCGUCUAAAUAUGUCUUCGACGAGGACGAGUACGACCGCAUCUCCAAGCUUGCGAAGCUCCAGCUCGACGAUGCAAAGGAAGACCUAGAAGAGGCACAAGGGGAAAAGAAGCGCAAGGAGACCAACGGCAGCAAUGGCACGGCCAAGGAGCCCGACACAGACGAAAUCGACGACGACCUCAAAGAGUACGACCUCGAGCACUACGACGAUGACGACCAGGAAGGCGCCGGCGACACCAUGGCCAUGUUCGGCAACAUGAAGAACCUGGUGUUCCACGAGAACGACGAAGAGGACCCGUACAUCACCAUGGAGGGCAAUGCAGAAGAAGAGGACGAGGAGCGGGAGGAGCUGCAGAUCCUGGCCACAGACAAUCUGGUGCUGGCGGGAAGAAUAGAAGACGAGGUUGCGCAUCUGGAAGUAUACGUGUACGAAGAUGAAGCGGACAAUAUCUACGUUCACCACGACAUCAUGCUGCCCGCGAUCCCGCUGGCAGUCGAAUGGCUGGACCUGCCGGUUGGAAAGACUGGCGCAGGAGCCGACGCGAAGGGCAAUUUCGUCGCUGUUGGCACCAUGGACCCGGACAUUGAGAUCUGGAAUCUCGACCUGGUCGACAGCAUGUACCCAGACGCUAUCCUGGGACAAGGCUCAGAGGACGCAGACAAGCUGAAGAAAAAGAAGAAGAAGAAGUCGAAGAAGGCCAAUGACGAAUUCCACGUUGACUCUGUUCUCUCACUUGCUGCGAACCGCCACCACAGAAAUCUGCUCGCAUCAUCGUCCGCCGACAAGACCAUCAAGCUAUGGGACUUGAACACGACCAAGUGCGCAAAGUCAUACACGUACCACACGGACAAGGUCUGUUCCGUGUCUUGGAACCCGACAGAGUCGACAGUGCUGCUCAGCGGCAGCUACGACCGUACCAUUGUAGCAGCAGAUAUGCGCGCGCCCGACGCAAAAGCGCCGCGCUGGGGCGUUGAGAGUGACGUCGAGAUGGUCCGCUGGAACCCCCACGACUCACACUACUUCUACGUGUCCACCGAGAAUGGCAUGAUCCACUACCACGACGCACGCAACGCGCCGGCCGACCCCUCUCAGUCAAAGGCUGUCUGGGUGCUCCAAGCCCACGACGAGUCCAUCUCGUCGUUCGACAUCAACCCCGUCAUACCGGGAUUCCUCGCAACCGGCUCGACAGACAAGCAGGUGAAGCUGUGGAACAUCCAGGAGUCGGGCCCCUCCAUGGUCGUCUCGCGCGACCUUGGCGUCGGCAAGGUCUUCUCGACGACGUUCGCGCCCGACAAGGAGGUCGGCUUCCGGCUCUCCGUGGCCGGAAGCAAAGGCGCGGUGCAGAUCUGGGACACGUCGACCAACGCCGCGGUGCGCGCCGCGUUUGCAAGCAAAGUGCCGCAGAUCAAGGGCGACGGGAAGGAGAAGAUCGUAGGGCUGGAUGAGGCUGAGACGGACUCUGAUUCCGAGGAGGGAGAAAGCGGGGACGAGGAUGAUGGCGGCGAGAAGGGGUACGAGUCCAUGGAGGAAUAGAUGUGCCGGGUGCGAGUACAGAACAGCCUGCGAUACCCAAUUCCAUACGUUUGUCCUACGUUGUUGUGUCGUAGCUGCGCGAGACCCUGAUGCGGUGCUUCAGAAGUUCAUGUCGUGUGGUGUCGUAGCACAGCGUUAUUCCACGCAAUGCUGCUGCACCACGUCGAACCUGCACCGGUCUCGCAUCAGCCGCAUGCAAUGCAGCUUCACGGCAGCCCCGUCCAGAGGAUCCUCAACCGACAACUAUAGGCCGUCAACAACAAUAUUUUUGUCGACGGUUCCCACACGUCCCCUCACCAAAGGAUCUCAAACAACCGAGUGCGCCGUAAAUAGCAGCACAAAGCAUUAACAGGCAGGAUCGCAGCGCACGGUGCGUGCUUACGUAGCGCAGGCCGGGGAUGCAU